AUGGCCCAGGUGCGCGUGCGCAAUCCCCCUUCCCGUCUCCCGCUUACGCCUUCUUCGCCCUCCCGACAAACCUCAAGCAUGCUCAGUCCGACCGCAGUCAUCGCACAAACUAGCUGGGUGGGUCGACAUGUCCGCAUGCACUGCCCCUCUUUGGACCACCUUGAGUUCCUGUCAACUAGCACAUGCUGCAAGAUCCCGCUUCAGCCCCCAUAUUGGUUCCCCGACCUAGCCUCAGCUGGUCUAGACAGCUCACACAUUUACUGA